GGAAUGUGCGAGGCGGGGUCUUGGGGGAACCCAGGUGUUGGGACAGUGCUUGCGGGUCAGCUGCCCCGUUAUCAACACUAUAAUAACACAUCAGCCUUAACUGGCAUCUAGCCGGCUAUUAUUUAACUUCGGCUGCGCGUCGACCACUACCAUAGUCCAGUCGGCUAGUGAUGCGUUGGCAUCUCGUCGUGCACAGGAGAGAAAUCUUACGGAAGUUACAGCACCAGUUUAGUGAGUCUUAAUUUAGUUAGAAUGAAAGUUCGAACUGGCGUUUGCCUAGUCUUGCUUGCUGCAUUAAUAUUUGUUGCAGCGCAAGAAGAAGAGGUGUUUCAAAAUGUUGUGGAAGAGUUAACUGUGGAAAUCGUGGAGAAGCCAGAAACUUGCGAUAUAACGUCAGAGAUGGGUGACACGCUGCAGAUUCACUACACGGGAAGAUUGAUGGACGGAAAGGUGAUUGACUCCUCUCUGUCUCGGGACCCUCUGCUUGUGGAGUUGGGCAAAAGAACAGUCAUCACAGGUCUAGAACAGAGCUUGCUGGGAGUUUGUGAAGGACAAAAAAUCAAGGCCACCAUACCACCACACAUGGCCUAUGGGAAGAGAGGAUAUCCACCCACCAUACCAGGUGAUGCGGCACUGGUGUUCGAGGUGGAGGUGGUGUCCCUGAGCAAGCAGACGCCAUGGCAGAAGCUGGUGAACGACGUCUUCCCCAUGCUGUGCCUAGCCCUGGUGCCCACGCUACUGGGCCUGGUGGGCCUGUACCUCUACAACAAGGCCAACGCCCAGAAGGGCAGCAAGAAGAAGGCCAAGGACAAGAAGAGCAAGAAGAAAUGAGAUGACCGACACCAGGAUGACCACCACACUGAAAAUAAUAACUAUUUAAAUAAAAAAGGGACCUCCCAAAAAAA